AUGGCAUAUGCCGCGGUGGUCCAGGAGAGAGCUGGUCCGGGCUUGGAUAGGGAUGCUGUCGGCUCUGGUGCCGGUGUUGCUACAGGAAUGUUCUCAUCCCCCGUAUCCAGCCCUAGGGAUACCCAUUCCACUCUCCGUAGAUCCAGGUCUGCAGAGUUCCACUCCUCCACCACCCCAACCCACGCCACAGGCAUCCAUCUCGCUUUCUUCAGGGAUGCAUGUGCCCCACAGGUGGAUGUGUUUCGUGAAGACCUCUGUACCAAGACAGAGAACCUGCUCGGGAGCUAUUUCCCCAAGAAGAUUUCUGAGCUGGAUGCAUUUUUAAAGGAGCCAGCUCUCAAUGAAGCCAACCUGAGCAAUCUGAAGGCCCCGUUGGACAUCCCAGUGCCUGAUCCAGUCAAGGAGAAAGAGAAAGAGGAACGGAAGAAACAGCAGGAGAAGGAAGACAAGGAUGAAAAGAAGAAGGGGGAGGAUGAAGACAAAGGUCCUCCCUGUGGCCCAGUGAACUGCAAUGAAAAGAUCUUGGUCCUUCUGCAGCGCUUGAAGCCUGAGAUCAAGGAUGUCAUUGAGCAGCUCAACCUGGUCACCACCUGGCUGCAGCUGCAGAUACCUCGGAUUGAGGAUGGUAACAAUUUUGGAGUGGCUGUCCAGGAGAAGGUGUUUGAGCUGAUGACCAGCCUCCACACCAAGCUAGAAGGCUUCCACACCCAAAUCUCUAAGUAUUUCUCUGAGCGUGGUGAUGCAGUGACUAAAGCAGCCAAGCAGCCCCAUGUGGGUGAUUAUCGGCAGCUGGUGCAUGAGCUGGAUGAGGCAGAGUACCGGGACAUCCGGCUGAUGGUCAUGGAGAUCCGCAAUGCUUAUGCUGUGUUAUAUGACAUCAUCCUGAAGAACUUCGAGAAGCUCAAGAAGCCCAGGGGAGAAACAAAGGGAAUGAUCUAUUGAGAGCCCUCUCUCCCAUUCUGGGAUGGGUACAGCAGAGACCUUCCUACUUUUUACUGGGGACUCCAGAUUUUCCCCAAACUUGCUUCUGUUGAGAUUUUUCCCUCAUCUUGCCUCCCAGGCACAAUAAAUAUAGUUAUACCACUGCCCA